ACGAUAAAAAUAUUUAAUAUUUUAAUUAUUUUAAUUAAUUAAAAUUUAAAAUAAUAAAUAUAUUUUAAUUUAAGAUUAUAUUAAAUUUGUUGGUUUAAAUUAAAAGAGCCAUUAACGGAUUUUUAGUGAACAUAAAUUAUUGAAUAAAAAAAUUAAAUAAAAUGUAAUGAUUUAUAUAACAUGUUAGAACAAUAUCUAUUCACCAAAUUUGUUUUCUUGCAUAAAAUUAACCUUGAAAAAAUUAAUAUAUUUCUAGACCUCAAUUCAUUCAUCGGAUUUAUAUUAAAUAGAUAUGUUCAUUUUUGUUCGUAAUAGAAAUUGAAAAAUACUCUUUUUAUAUUCCUUAAAACUAAUUUAUGUAUACCUAAAUUAGUUAGAAAUAAAAUAUAGAGAGAGCAAACAGUAACAUUUGUAGACUGAUCCAUCUAUGUUGGUUAGAUUGUCUCCUUGCUGUUGACAAAAAGGAAAAAAAAAAGAUUGUCCCCUUGCUCUUCAAUUAUAACAAUUAACAACUUGAGUGUCAAAGCUAACUAAGACCAUUGUAUUUUAGGUUAUCACAUAGUUUUAGGAAGGUUGUAAAUCAAUCGUUAGGAAAUGUAUUAGAUAUUUUUAGCAACAAUAAAAAAAAGAAAUGUAUGGAUAUGUUGGCAGAAAAGUUGCACGAUAGCGUCACCUAUUAGACAAAUGAUUGUUUUAGUAUUUAGUUUGAUCUUUGAUUUUUUUUGUGAAGAAGAUGAUGGAGCAGCAUCAAUCGUUCACAACCAAGAGAAUUACAAAUAUUUAUUUGUAUCAAUCAUGAUUAGAGAAUGUAUUCAUUAGCAAAAAAGUCAGAUAAUAAGCAAAGAACUUGGGAAAAAAUCAUGAGAAAAAUGAAAAUGAAGAUAGAGAUGGUUCACAUAGGAAAUGCCAAAAAAAAAUACAGAGUUCCAGUUUCUGAUUACUCUCUUAUCUCAUCCUACCAUUUGGAAGACCAUUAAGAUUCACUCAGAAUGAACAUGCGACAGUGAACUCACCAACUCAACAUCACCAGCUCAACAGUGAGAUCUCCAUACAUAUAAAAAGCACAUCCUAAUUUUUUUCUUCCUAAUCGUCGUCAACCGCACAAUACCACUGGAUCUGUUAACACAUCCGAGGCAAAUUUAAACUCAAUGAUAUUGUUUAACUCUAAGUCACAAGAAACAAAUGAAGAGAAGAAAGACGAAUUCCAAAGCAUUUUUUAUGGGAAAUACUUCUCUCUCGCGCUUGGGAAGAUAACAUUUGACUAAGCAUCACUUUUCUACGUUCAUCAGCUUCCCUAAACAUACGUUCCAAUCAGAGAAUAGUUUAGCUCAACAUAGAGUUUUUUUCAACUAAUAGAUAACAAACGAUACACCUCUUAGCAUUUUCUUGCGCUUUCUAUUGAUCUGGAUUCUGAUGAUUGCAUGCUUCCCCUGCACAUCAGGUUAGUUCACAAUGAGUCACAAAAUGCAAUUUUUCUCAAUUGAAAAAAAAAACAGAACUGGCAUACGUGAAGGUUAUUAGAAAUUAGAAGUUACAGUGCCAUGUUGAGCCAUCAGCUCUUGCAUUUUCCUCUGCCUAAUAGCUUCUUGUUCAUGUUCUGCCUGCACAGAAGGAAGUAAAAUGGGCAGAUAUAUAAACACAAAUUUUGGAAGAAGAAUUCGACGCGUACCAUCCCGAUUCUCGAGUGGGUUUGAGAAUUCACCAUGACGAAAAGCUACUGUCUCUCGAGAGUGAAAGGUCGCGACGGAGAUAUCAAGUGCUGGUUAUCUACGCGAUACCAAACAAUCUUAAGCCCCCAUCCCCCGAUGAAAAUCGAAUUACAUCGUCGAGAUAUAAAUCCAAUAACGCAAACAAUAAAAGACAAAGAGACGAAUAAACAAAGAACAGAGAUCGAAAUGCCUAAUCAAAGGAUACCAUCAUCAGGUGAGGCUUACCCCGUGAGAUGUUAUUCUUAGAAGGUCCUAAUGGUUUUUAACGUACAUCAAAAUUUAUAGUAGUUACCUAUCCAUCAAGCAGGAUCAGAUCGAGACCCAUCGACUUUCCUCCUAUCUUGACACAAAAUUUAUACUACGGCCUAUCUUGAGCUCUGAGAAUCGGAGCUGUUGAUUAGCCAUUAUCGGAUAUUGGUGAGAGAGCUUUAGGGUUAUGCCAUUAAAGGCAGACAAAAUAGAUGAUUGUGAAGACGCUCAAACCCUCUAUAUAUAUACUCCAUGAGCGAGCUUGAAGAAGAAGUAAAGAAGCAAGAUGAAGUUGUGGGUAUUGAGGGUUCAAUUCCGUAAAGACUGCCGUUUUUGAUUUGAAUCGCUGAGAAGAGGAUUUGGAACGGCGACGGUUGGUUAGGUUAAAAAGAAAAAUCAAAGUGAAUAACAUACGUUGUUAGGAGUGCCACGUGUCAACAAAAGCCCCAUGCUUCCUGAUGAUGUGGAGGGCUAAGAAGAAAUUUUAUAGGUAACUCCCCCAGAAGCUCCCCUAAUGGCGACAGUACGGACAAUAUGUACGGCUCCACCGUGCCGUGUCCUCUUGGUCUGAAAUUAACAGAUCCGGGUAGCCUCUGAUCUACUGAUCCUCCCACGACAUACUUUGGCCCCUGUUACUGAAGAGUUCGGCGAAGAUCUGUGAAGUUUGGCUCUCAAAACCCUUGAAAGUUUUUCUCCAUUUUCCUUUGCUCCCAUGGAAAAGCAGUGGAUCUAAACCCUCUCAAGCUUCUCCCCUAUCGACUAUGAAAACUCUCUACUGGGAAGAUCUUGAAAGCCUCAACAAUGCAAACAAGGAAUGGUCUUGUUUUUACAGCCGGCCGGCACUACUAGUAGUGUUUUGGUCCCUGUUUUAAAACUGCGAUCCAGUGAAAGCUCUCUCUCUUCUCUUUGCUAGGUCCUAGCUCCUACAAAGGAAGAAGUUACUAGAGUUUUUAGAUACACAAGCGAUGUCUCAGUCACUUACCAGUUCAAACAAAAACAGGACAACAGUUCAAGAGGAGGAAGAUGACGACCUUGUCAUCCUGCCGGAUGUAGAUAACUCUGAGCUUAUAGCUCGCUACAGACUCAGCUUGGUAGGAAGGCUUUUCAAUAGAGAAAGACGCAAUGUUGAAGCUCUCAUUGCUCUACUGCCUAGGCCAAGCAUUUGGGACGUUGAAGGUCGAGUCCGCGGCGUAGAUUUGGGGAACCACCGUUUCCAGUUCGACUUCGACUCAGAAGAUGACCUCCAGAAGGUGCUGAGUAAAAGACCAUGCCAUUUCAAUAAAUGGUCCUUCGCCCUUGAGAGAUGGGCGCCUCACAUAGGUGACUCAUUCCCAAACACUAUGACUUUUUGGGUCUCUGCAAUGGGGAUCCCGACACACUUCUGGCUCGAACCGAUCUUCAGGGCCCUUGGAAAAAGGCUCGGCCAUGUUGGUUUGGUGGAAGCAAAAACAGCAAAAUUCGAGGUUGAGUUGAACGCUGAUCUUCCCAUAAAAUUUGCUCUUCGUGCGCAACUUCCAACCGGUGAGAUUGUUCCUGUCUCUCUUGAAUACGGUAAUCUACAUCGAUGGUGCCAUUCAUGCCGUCUCCUCUCCCAUGAAGAUGAAAACUGCCCACAGCUGUCUGAAAAAGAAAAAGAAAAGCACAGAUUAGCAAAAGAAGUAAACAGAGAUCAAGGCCUCCAACCAAGGAACGACAAUAACAGAAAAGACAUCAACAGGAAUGGUGAUCUCCCUAAACGCCACAACGUAGCUGAGCAGAAACUUUCAAGCCAUCAGGAGAGACGCUCCGGGGAAGGUCCUCAAAGAGAUAACCGGGAUAGCGUAUGGAAACGCAUUGACUCUCGGUAUGCUCCUAGAGAUGACCACCGUGGAGACAAUCGCAAUGCUCACAGAGACCGUGAUAAGCCAACUUUCAAUAAAGAGACAUAUAACAAGAGAAGGUAUGAUGACUCUUUUGCAUCAAGCAGACAAAGAGUGGACGCAAAGAAAGCAGAAAAAAAACUAGUCUCUGAAACUCAUGGUUCUAAGGAAGUACCUGAAGGCCCUCGUGCUCUCCAUCUGGACGUUUGUACUCAAGGAACAACGUCUGAUCAGAACCAAUUGGCUUGUCGUAGCAUCUCCUCUCCAGAACAUGUCAGAGAAAGACCUUUUAUGCUCUCAUUACAGAAAAGAUCAUCAGGUGAACUGAAAUUGAAGGAGAAAGUUGGAGACUUUGGAGAUUCUUCAGAUACUGUAAGUUCUGCAAAAAAGAGUCUCAGAUUCGCUGCCGAGAAUAACCCUUCCUCACCAAAGCCCAACUCCUCACCACCUGCGCAAAUGGGAAAAAAGAAAGAAAAAAGUUGGUAUGAGCAAACACUAGAGGAAGAUGAGACGACUGAUCAUACAGCGGAGACCAACAUAAACAAAGAGAUACAAGACGACAACAAAGAAUUUGAGGACCCUAAUGCUGAAAGGAUCUUAGAAGAGGAAGAUUGGAUGAAUGAAGAUGCUACCUUUGAUAUUGAUGAGGAUGAUUUGAUGGAUGAGGAUGAACUCCUCUACGACGAAAAGCAGCAGGAGGAGGAGCCUGCCCCCCCUUCUGAUCGUAUACCUCUGCCGUUGAUUAUCGAAGGUUCCACGGAAUCAGGGAAGGAAACGAAAGAGGCAUUGGUUGAGGAGAGUCCGAAGCAAUCUGGUUUGAAGACAUCGGUAAUUGGAAGCCGCUGUGCUCAGUUAACGCCUGGCCGUUCGUCACGAUCCUCGACACAGAAGAAAAGAGGAACUCCAAGCCCCACUGCUACUGGCGUCUCUCUCAGACAGAGAAACCUAAUGGUGGGUCGGGCCUCUUCCAAGGCCAAGGUAUCAAAGAGUGGGCCAAAACUCAAUCAGACUCUCUCUCCGGACCAAGGCCAAGAUCCAAGUGACUUUGAAAAGGCGGAUUUACUUUUGAAGAACAACAAAAAAUCAGCAAAGGUGGGAAGCAAUAAACCACCAAAAAUUCCAAGAUGAACACAAUUGCAUGGAAUUGUCAAGGGGCGGGAGCCGACUUGACCAAGGAGCAUCUACAUGAGUUGUUUCAUUGUUUUUUACCUAAGUUUUUAUUUCUUUCGGAGACUAAGAACAAUCGGAGUUUUUUGCAAGAUGUGCAAGUUUCUUUUGGAUAUGAUCAUGUUUGUACUGUUGACCCUGUUGGUAGAAGUGGUGGACUUGCACUUUUUUAUAUGGAUGAUCCUUCGGUUACUAUUUUAUAUACGGAUACGCAUAUGAUCGAUAUUGAAACUAGACUUGAAGGACACGCGAUCUUUAUGACAUUCGUGUACGGGGACCCUGUUGUUCGACAUCGAGACCUAGUUUGGGAAAGAUUGUCACGCAUGAGUACCAACCGAAGUGGAGCGUGGUUUAUGAUUGGAGAUUUUAAUGAGAUCACUGGUAACCAUGAAAAGAGAGGAGGAAGGCGUCGUUUAGAAUGCUCUUUUCUCCCUUUCCGUAUCAUGUUAGAAAAUUGUGGAAUGCUUGACUUCCCAUAUAAAGGAAAUUCAUUCUCGUGGGUGGGAAAAAGAAGAUCCGGGAAAGUAAAAUGCAAACUUGAUAGAGCAGUUGCAAACGGAGAAUGGCACGCUCUUUUUACCCACUCAGUUGUAGAAUUUUUACAACUAUGGGGCUCAGAUCAUAGACCGGUCCUAGCACGGAUUCAGUCUAGUGUUAAGAGGGGAAGAAAGAACUUCCGCUUCGACAAGAGAUGGAUCGGAAGACCGGGGUUCAAGGAAGCGGUAAUCUCGGGAUGGGGACAAUUUGAUGAGAUUCCAAUGAGGAAUUUUCAUCAAAAAGUUACCUCAUGUCGAAAUAAAAUUAGCUCCUGGAAAAAACAAAACCCUUCAAAUUCUGCCUUAUUAAUUAAGGAGUUAAAACAUAAGAUAGACAUGGCACAAGAUGAUGAAUUCACCACAACAGAAGAAUUGGAGGAUUUGAGAAGACAACUGAUUUUGGCAUUU